AUGAGGACACCCAGGACUUUUGGAUUGGUAAGAUCAUCAGUGUCCUUCAAAAGAGGCUCAACAUCCACUGGUGGAACUUUGGCCAUGGGCGCUUGGCUGACCAUGGCACUGAGGGAACUGUCCCAAUGGGGUCUGUUCUGGCAUGUGGCUUCACCUUCUGUACAAACACUGGAGUCCCACUGCCCACACUCCAAGAGAUCUUCAGACACCUGUAAAAUAAAAACUCCUCCUUUCUUCUAUAUACACUUCCUUGACAUCAUUUUGUUUAUUACAUGA